CAGAUUGAACACACCUUCUCAGCAUAUUAACCGCGCAGGGCAGUUUUCUCAUAGGAGAAAAAGAUAUCGCUCUGGUAAAUGAUUAGAAACUGUUGUGUUAGCAUUGGCUGUUUAGAAUUAGUGUUCUUUCCAGUCUAUACUGGUUAAAACACAUUACGACCUGGUGACAGACCAGCCAAGAUCCACGGAUUUCACGUCAUGAAUAUGGCUGCUUUGCGUGCUGCUAAGCAAGCCCUGAGAAAAGAAAUAAAAAAGCGAGUCGCUUUACUGAGUGACCAUGAGAAACUUCGUCAGUCACAUGUCGUUUCGCAAAAGUUGUUUAAACACCCCAGAUACCAGAGCAGUCAGCGCAUUGCAGUGUUUCUCAGCAUGCAUGAUGAAGUCCGCACAGAGGUUAUUAUUGAGGACAUGUUUAAAAGGGGCAAGGUGUGUUUCAUCCCCAAAUACCUGACAAACAGCAAUCAUAUGGACAUGCUGAGACUGACCAGCCCUGAAGACAUGAGCACGCUUCCUCUGACCUCCUGGAACAUUCGCCAACCUGGGGACAACGACACUGAUAGAGAGGAAGCCUUGGCUACGGGAGGUCUAGACCUCAUCCUCAUGCCGGGUCUGGGCUUUGACAGAAACGGAAAUCGUCUGGGUCGAGGGAAGGGCUUCUACGAUUCCUACCUGGAGCGCUGCAUGACACACCCCAAAGGCAAACCCUACACCAUUGCUCUCGCCUUCAAAGAGCAGAUAUGCCAGGAGGUUCCUGUGGAUGACAACGAUAUCCACAUAGAUGAAGUCCUCUACGAUGAUGAAUAGUCGUCAUGACAGUGACGGCGCCACCAGCAAAGCAGUAUUGAAUUGAACCGGAUCGAAAUAAUUGUCCAGACAUUUGUUCCCAUAACCCUGUCUUCCUGACGGCCUUUUAACAAAUUAUUGCAGGUUUUCGUUCCAAAUUUGUACGAAACAUUAGGAAACCGAAUAAGUGGGAACUUGAAACUUCAAAAAAAUGAAAAAAAAUUUGGGUUUUUGGUGCAGCACGGUAACUCUGGUAAUUCUUGUUUUUUGUGGUGGUGUUGUUCCUUGUUGUGUACAGAACUCCACGAGUGCCUUUGCCAGACUCAUGUCAUGACUCAUCAGUGUUAACAUAAAUCAGGGAAGAUUAAAUUGCGCAAAUAAUGAGGCAGAUCCUACCUGACUCACUGCCGCUCAUUUUAUUUACAUUGUUUACAUAGCAUCAGCCCUGGGACUGUCUGCUCAGAGUUUUAACAGGCCCCCGUAGGAUUACGAAACUGUUUUCAUUGUCUAGAGAACAGUUUGACUUAUAUUUUUUUUCAGUCGUCUACUUGUCAGAGAGCGCUCUUGAAUCGUCCUUGUUGCCUUUGCUUGCAUAACCAGACCAUGAAUUUAGUAGAUGUCAUUUUGUCACUUAAACAAAAACUUUGCACUUUGUUUUUGGUGCCAACUAUUGCAAAGGUCGGCGAUUUGUUACGGCAAUCGUUUUAUCAGAGGAGCAGUUAAUAUUUUUAAUUGACACUAUUCAGUUCACAUUAGCAUUGUGCAUAGAUCCGUUUUGACUUUGAAUCUUAUUAUCUCUUCAUCUGUGUCAGCUCUCAUUCAAUUAAGUGUCACUAAUUAGGCAUGAUAAAGUUAUUUGAAAACGAAUAAAUAUCUUCAUGGAAGCACUAAAGCAGCUCUUCAACAAA